UCUUAUGAUUUCUAUUUUAUUUACUUUUACAGGUUUUAUUCAGCAGAAAUAUUCCUGGGAUUACAGUAUCUGCAAAAGUAUGGGGUUGUUCAUCGAGACCUUGAUACAGAAAACAUCUUGCUGAAUGAAGAGGGCCACGUGAAGAUCGCCGAUUUUGGCCUAGCAUGUAUUAACCAGUUAGGCUCAAAGGCCUAUCAUGGUAUAGCUGGAGCAUCAGGAUAUAUGGCCCCUGAGGUUUUGGCGGACACUGCAUACGACGCAUCGGCAGACUGGUGGUCAUUCGGUGUUGUCGUUUAUGAAAUGGCCACCGGCAAGCUGCCCUUUUCACCAGCUGGAACCACUCAAGAACAACUAGAGACCAUCAUGAGCAGGGAGCCAUAUUAUCCUAAACAUGUUAGGCCAGAAUUGUGCGACUUCAUAAAACAGCUUUUGAAGAAGAAGGCCGAACAUCGCCUUGGAGUGUGUGCCAAUGUCCAGGACCACCCUUUUUUUUCUUCAGUCAAUUGGAAGAAUGUAAAAAAACAACGACUGGAACCCCCUCUUACACCAACAAUUAAACCAAUUGAUGGGCUCAACAACAUCCCCUUCCCAGAAUACAACAUCACUGGGACUUGCAUGAUAAAGGACCUCGCCUACAUAGAUCCAACUUGGCUGGACAAAUAAUUCAUCUUUGUCCCACCAGCAAGGUAGAGGUUUGAGAUUGAUUCCCAUCAAAUGACCAUCCAAAAGCUGUGCAGCCAUUCCACCAUACUAUCCGCUAACACCUGGCUUACUCCUCCACUUCUCCAUCCUUUGAUAUGAGGAAGGUUCUAAAUACCAACUGAUCUAAUAAGUGCAGGUUGGUAGCACUGUGGGAUAGGUAAGUAUCACCACCAGAGAAAGUACUUAUAUGCUUUUGACAUACUUUCUUAAUUACAAUUUAUAUAUUGUUAGUAGCCACAGAGCUAAAUUCCAUCAUAAAUCUGAUGCCACAAAUAUACUUCCACCACAAUGGCACAGAUGCAGGAAAAGUACAAUGUCUAAAAGAUCCUAUGCCCAGACAUAUAUCAUCUGGAAUAUUGUCAUCUAAGUACUUACUGGUGGUUAUUUGUUGUUUUUGUUCUAAGUUUGAAAAAAAAAACAAAAAAAACUUUCCCUCCUUCCCGUGUUAAUGCUAACCAGUUACUGUUUUACCUUUCUUUCCCUUUCCUCUCUUUCCCUUCCCCAGUUUUUUAUAGCCUGUGUUGCCAACAGAGAGGAGGGUUGGGGUGGGCCUAUAUGGUGGCCUGUGACUAGUUAAUCUUCAAUCUUUAGACAGUCACAAGCCACCAUGGUACCCUCUGUUGUCACCUUAAUCUACAUCAACACUAUUAGAAUAACCUUGUUAAUAACAAAUUAAGGAUGAUAAAAUAGUUUUUAUAACAGCAAAACAAGCCCCUGAUAAUAAUAGUUUUAUUAUAAUAGGCUUAUUAACUUUAACAACCAGGUUUGUGCUGUCACCAGAGGGGAGGGUUGGGGGCGGGCAUAGCUGGUGACCUGUGACUGGCUAAUCUUCGGCCAGUCACAGGCCAUUAUGGUUCCCCUCUGUUGACACCUCAACCUACAUCUAACAAUAUUAAAAUUACAGUAUUACCAACAUCCUAAAGAUGAUAAAAUAGGAUUUAUAAUAGCAAAACAAGCCCCUGAAAAUAAUAGAAUAAAAGCUUAUUAAUUUUAUCAACCAACUUUUUAACUUUGCUUUCAGUUUAUUAAUGUUCUGCUGUCAUUAGAGCGGAGGGGGUUGGGGCGGGCAUAGCUGGUGGCCCGUGAUUUGCUAAUUCUUAAUGUUUGGCCAGUCACAAGCCAAAAUGGUACUCUUCUGAUGACACCUCAACCUACAUUCAACAAUAUUAGAACUACCCUGUUACCAGCAUGUUAAGGAUGCUAAAAUAGGAUUUAUACCAGCAAACAAGCCCUUGAUAAUAGUAGGAAGCUUAUUAACUUUACCAACCAGACACAUAAUUAAUAACCUUCAAAUGGUAAAAGCAUAUUAUAUUAUUUAAGGGUUGAAUUUAAUUGUAUUAAUUCAAUAAACACUAAAAAAUCUGUUUUAAUUUAUUAAAGUUAUUUAAUAUGUUCAUUUAAAGUAACCAAGCACAAAAAUAGAAGUUGUAUAAGGCUCACAAUAUAAUGCACCCAGUGUUGGUGGUGAUACCCCAUACCUUCCACAAGGCAAAAUAUAUAAAAACAGGGGUAGGCUUUCACAAGGACCCGCUCAGGCCAGUAAGCGAAGAGAAAUUUAUUAUCAAAAUGUCCUCAAAAAAGUCUAAUGUUUCUAUGAACAAGUGCACACAGCAGGAAACACAUCAGGAUAUUUGUGAAAAGAUUUUUAUUUCUUUUUACUCCUCUUACUGGCCUGAAGAGAUCCCAAAUGCCUACCCCCUUCUUCUUAAUGUAGCCAAAAUCCUUAUUUCCAACCAAUAUAAAGGGUCCUUUCAAAUUAUUAGAAAUACAUUUCCAUAACAUUUAAAAAGAAAGUAAGGAUGCCCCUCACCCUACCAUUGGUCCAGAAAAUAAGAAUAAAUCAAACAUAAAAAAACCUGCCAGAUAAUUCCCUAUGAGAACAUUUUCAACAUCUUAAACAUGUGGCAAUUGAUACAAAUAGUAAUUCAUCACUCUAGGUUGAUUCCCAGUGUUUCAUUGCCAUGAUCUGUGAUAUCACUAGAGGGAAGGGAAAGGGGUGGGCAUAGCUAGUGGACUGU